GAAUCCUCCUUCCUGAUGCUGUAUCUCACUUGUUUGACUAGGCCAAGAAUGAACCAGGUGGGCCCAGUAAGGCAGCUGCAGUGAAAAAACCUGAAGACAAGAUACCAUCAGUCAAGAAGGAUGGAGAGAAGAAAGAGGUGGAAAAGAAGUCUGUAAGCCAUGAUAGUCGAUCCAGUAGACGCCCAGCAGGGAGGUCUCCACAUCAUGAUGACCGCAAUAGAAGAGAUGAUAGGCGCCCAGAAAAGAAACAUGACAAACGAUCGACAAGUACUAAGACAUCAACAUCACCAAAAUCUGCAGAGAAGGCGAAACCAGAAGAGAAGACUGAAAAGCCAGAGGAGGGAAUAGAGAUGGGGGAGGAAGGUGGAGAAGAGGAUAAGAAGAAAUCUGAAUCGGGCAAUUCCCAGUCCAGGAAGUCUAAGAUAAUAUACUUUCAUUUGAGAAAAUCAAGACUGAGAGGGAAAAAGAACGCCUCCGUAAAAAAGAAAAUGCCCUACGUGAUGAAGAGCAGAGGAGACUGUCUGAACUUGAGAGACAACGAUCACGACAGCAGCAAAUUCAUAUGCGUCAGCGAGAUGAAGCUUUUCGACUUGAACAAGAGAAAAUGAAACUGAGACAAGAGAGAGAAAGGCUUGAGCGAGAUCGCUUGGAAACAGAGAGACUUCUCCUUGAACGAGAAAGACUAGAGAGACAGAGAAUCGAACAGCUUCGACAGGAGCAAUGCAGACUCCAGGAGCAGGUCAGGGCAGCUAAGAGACCAUUUGAGAAAUUUGCCAGUCGUCAUGACGACGACUACUGGAGUGGACCCAUUAAACGACCAACAUCUGAUCGACAUGAUAACUAUGGUGGUUCUAGAAGGGAUAGUCGCUUUGACAAUGGAGACAGGAAGGUGGGGCGAUAUGAUAGGCGAGAUAAUCGUAAUACAGAUACUCGUGGUUCUAACAGAGGACACAUCGAAGACAGAAAUGAACGUCGAGAAGAAAGACGUGGUGACAGCUUUACAGAUAAUCAGAGAAACACAAGAGAUGAUAGACGAAACACGCGGACACUCAACCGCUCGCAGGAGAACAGACGAGACUUAAACAGAAGUCGAGAUGAUGACAGACGGAACAAUAGAUCGCCUCAACGUCAGGGUUCUCGGAUUGACUGGAAAUCAGAUAGAGACACCAGGAUGGUUGUGGCAAGUGGACGUGACGUCUGGCUGGGACAGAGCAGCUCUGGGGUGCAAGAUGACAGACGUGCAAAACAUUAUGAUGAUGGAUCGGGUAUAAUGUCAAAUGGUGCUAAUUCCAGUCAACGUGAGUCAUGGGGAAAUAACAGUGACCGUAGCAAGAUGGACCCCUCCUGGGGCCAUGGUGUUGUGAGCAACUCAGGGGCUCGGGGAGGCGGCAGCGGUGACCGGUGGAUGGGUGGAAUGCAGGAUACACACAGUAACCGAGGGGGAGGGUUUAACCUGGAGGGUAGUGGAAAUAUGAUCAAUACCAUCGGGGGGACAGGACUGUACAUGGCUUCCACUCCACAAAACACAAACCUUAUGAUGAUGGGCGGAAUAACAAGACAACCAGAGGCACGCUAUUUGCAACAAGCAACGGUCCGCAGAUUCUAGAUGCAGUGUUGUAGUCCUAUGGAUGGUCUGAGCAGGUGGUGUUGCUGAACUGUUACUGACAUGUUGUUUUUUAAUAUGAUAAUCUGAGAAUCAUGGAAUGAUACAAUGAUAUUGAUGUCCUAACUUGUUGAUAAUGUGACCAGGUGAAUCGCAGGGAACAUAAGUUGAGCAGAUGACAAGUGUGUUGCAACUUCUUACACGAACAGCCUUGUAUGUUCUCACAAUAUUGUGUAUGUUGUUUGUUGCCAGCUGAACAAUGAUGGGCUUUCAAAACUUGCCCUUAGUUUAUUCUCCAAGAACAUGCUGAAAAACAUGUAAAGGUGCUGUAACGACUUGUAAUGUCCAUCUGAAGCACAAAGUCUCAAUGCACUUAGAUUCUGUUGGACAGAAUUUUGUAUAAAAUAAUUUCUAUUCUUUGUACGAGAUAUUUCACAGCUUUUAUGUAUGAACUGAGUCAACAUUAGUUCAUUCCCAUGUCCAACAAACAGCUGUAUGAACAACACGUCACAGCUGUUUGGUUGGGUUUUUUCAGUCUUCAAGGAAAGUCAUAUUUUAUAAAUGUUAAGUUUGUUGCCAUGAUCAGCUUAUUUCCAAUCAUUGACAGUCAUUAAAUGAUCCCAUUGUA